UGGAUUAACAAAUAGACUCUACUUCUAGAUCUAAAAAUGAUAGAAAUGGAUACUUUUUUUUUUCGAAAAAGCAUCUACAAAAAGGAAUAAAUAUACAUAAAAAAAGGUAGAUCUAGAUCUAGUUACUAGAUUCUAGUAAUGGAGUCCCCACGAUGACCUGUUAACCACUGUCAAAAAAACGUAGCCUACUCAAACUCUAUGACCACAUCACAGUAGGUCCUCAGGGCUCGCAAAGACCUUCUUUUGGGGAACAAUUGCAGGGGAAAAAAAAGAAGAGGAAGCAAUGGUAAGGCGACAUCAAUUAUCAAAUGAUGGACAUAUGCCUGUCCAGGUUGACAGAUCUUGUGUGGUGCCCCAUGGUUUAACAGACUAAGAGAAAGGUGCUGAUGGACAGAGUAUCAAGAUCACAAACCUACAGUCUGACACUUUCUGUUCAGAAGGUCUGGUGGCUUCCAACAAUAUAUUACUUAUUGAAGGGGAAGCUGAUUUGAAUGGAGAUGCACAACUUUCCAGAUACAUUAUGAUUGACCAAUAUUUCAGUUCAGAUAGCACAAAAGCACUUUCUGUGUGUGCAAUGGAAACUAAAACUCCCAUUGAUAACCCAUCAUGUUCCUACACUACUACUGAAAAAGACAAUAUCUAUAGAUUUUUUGUCAAACUUCCUGCUACACCCACACUCAGCCAAGGAAAGAUCAGUGCUUACUUGUUGUAUAAAAAUGCUACAAAAAUUGCUGCAGAAAUAAAUCUGCCUGGCAUAUAUAAUCCAGAUUCAACAAAUGUCAACUUAAAAAUCAAUGACAAAACAGCCAAUGAUAAAGAAAUAAUCACUCUUGACAGUAAUGUUAUAAAACUUGAGGCUGCCUGCAAUGGCUCUCUUAAGCCCUGCAAACUGCAGCUUGAGUUCAAUGACACAGCUUCCAAAGUGGAGGACCAGAGUAUUCUGAAAUAUGAAAAGAGACAUCAAGCCCAGAGUGCUGUUUUAGUGACUCUUACUGUGACUGUAUGUCAUGAAGAUGUAUAUAAGAAGAAAUAUACCUGUGAGAUACUCUUGGGUAUGCCAGGUUCUGACAACGGCAGUGAUGAUUACAUUAAAAUAAUAAUACCUGUGAUAUGUGGCAUCAUCCUGACACUUGCCAUAAUCAUACUUGUUGCAUUUUUCUAUAAGAAGAAAACUAGAAAGUGUGGAUCUAAUAAGGAGGAUUUAGAGAAAGAUGAGAAAGAUAAUCUCACAGAAAAUGAUCCUUCCAAUGUACAAAUUCGAGUUGCACCAUUGACCAAGAAACAGCAAGGGCAACAUGAGUCAUUGUAUCAUUGCGAGGGAAAAGUAACUGCAGGAAUACGAACAUAUGAGAAUUCAGUUAAUGAGACUCUCAGAAGUGAAAAACAGCCUAAGGCGUUUGCAAAAAAAAAAAAGCAGGUUGAAAAAUAUGAGUCGAAAAACAAGGAAGAAUCAGUUCCGAUGAUUUCUUCAAACAGUGAGAAACAAACAGGCCAAGAUGAGAAAGAUAAUCUCACAGAAAAUGAUCUUUCCAAUGUAAAAAUGCAAGUUGCAUCAAUGACCAAGACAGUGCAAUCAGGAUCAUUGGAAGAUUGCUUGGGAAAAGUAACUGCAGGAAUACAAACAUUUGAAAAUAAAAUGGCGCCUUUGUCAUCUCCUGAGCCAUUGGAUGAUCCUAGUUUUCCUGUAAAUAGUGAAGCAAGAGAGUAUGCUGACUUUGACAACCAGUUUAAUAAUGAUAAGACUGAUGAAUCAGACUCUGGAGGCUCGAUGGAAUCAUAUGAUGAAGAAAAGGAGACAACUUUCUGUGAUGCUAACAGCAGAGUACUGGAUCUCAUAGAUGAUGGUAAUGACAGCAGCAAAGGUCCUGCUGAUGAAUUCAGUGAAUGUUUGAGAGAGCUUCCAAAUGGUGAAGCACCUCCUGUUGGAUAUAGUGAAAAUGCUGUCAAAGAUUACCUAAAGGAACCUGAUUCUCCCCUCCAUGAUUGUUUGACAGAAAUGCAAUAUUCUUCUGAUAGCUUAAAGGAAAUAGCAGAAACUAAGGAAUUAAACCAUAAAGUUAUACAACAAACAACGAAAGAUACAGAUGUGCAGAAACUGCUUCCAACUGCCACCAACUCAGAGGAUACAGGCUGUAUCGAGGUCUAAAAGAUUAUGGACAGAAAAAAAAAAAAGGAAGACACUGGUGAUGACAUGAAAUUCUAAGGGCAGAUAAAUCAUAAGCAUGAAAAGAAGGAACACAUUCUUGUUGUAAUUAUAAUUAUCCUGUGAAAACUUUGCAUCUUUUUUUUUGUGGUUCAUUUUCUACAAUUAACAUGAUGUGUUUCCUUUUUUAGAACAACAAUUAUUUUGAAGAAAAAAUAAUUAAACAUGCUAGUUUUGGGGCAGAAAAUAUUCAAAAUAACAAUGUUGAGCUGCAGGCUCUAAGUGUAUGAUCCAUUUUAUGUUACAACAGCAAAUAUAUAGGCUGUUCUGAUGACUCUUAAAAAGCCUGACGGAUUAAAAGUUCUAAUCCCCAUUGAAGCCAGCUGGGAUUCUCAACUUGAUUUUUAGGACGCCCAACUCACAUUAAUUGAGAAAUGCAAAUGUGAUUGGCGGAUGUUGUUCUGAUCACAUACCAUCAUUAAUAAUGGUCUUCUUUAGAAACAAGUCAGCAUCAGCACCCUUUGGGCAUGGAGAGGGAGAGGUUAUAUAUGAUUGAGAAUAAAUAACAUUGAUGCACUUUAAAAGUUCACUUUUGUGGACUUUAUGUUGUGUUAUGUCAUUGUAUUUGAUAUUGAUAUUUGGGUCAGUCAAGUGUCUUGUACAUGUGCACUUGCUCAUUUUAUUUCAUUUUUGUUAUCAUUAAUUGCUCACUAUUACUGUGCUUAUAUAUACGCAUCUUGUCACUUGAUAGUCCUAUUAGUCUAUCCCUGCCCAGUAGUUGUGACUAUUAUUGUAUACAACUAUUAGCAUUAUUCUGUUAUACAUCUUUACAAUGCUGCCAUAUUCUUUUAUUUCUUCAAAUGUUUCUGUUGUGCUUUGUUUACAAUGGUUGAGUGGUAAAGCAUCUGAACGGAGGAAUUCCUGGGUUCAAAUCCUGGUGAAGACUGGAUUCCACCUAGCUCUAAUGGGUACCUAAUAUUAGUAAAAAGUAGAGGCUGUUGGUGCUGGCCACAUUUUGUUAAGUUUUUUGUUUUAUUUUACUUGUAUAAUAUAAAAUACCAUUUAUUCAAAGCCAUACUUAUUUAACCUAAUAAUGAACAACUUAUACAAAAUAUAUAAAAUAUUCUAAACAUUUUACAGCCAAAUAUUUAUUAAAAGUUUUUUAAUGUCUUCAAACAUACAUCAACAAUUUUUACUUCCAUGGACACACAGAGUUGAAAUAAAAAAUGCUUAUAACUAUUCCAAAACGCUUUAUGGAAGUGAAAUAUUUACAACCGCAUCAAUGUGACCAAUUGAUUUACAUUAUAAUCAUGCUAUAACUGAUCAUUGUUUGUUUUUGCUUUUAUAUUUUCAUUGGAGUGUCUAGCUAGAGCAAAAUGCUUUUUUUUUU